CUCCAGCCACUUGGGGUUUUUUUUUCUCUCUCCCUGUUGCACUUUUCUUCUUUCCUUCCUCUUUGUUUGUGGGGUUGGGCUGCAGAAUGUUCUGAUGGGGCGUCAGUACAUGAGAUGUUUGCCUAGUGGAUUUGGGAUGCUGCCUUAAAGGCUUUUCAGCCCUCUACUCACCCUCUCCUGCUGACAUUCCUGCAUCCUGAAGCGUGUGAGGGUCUUAUGGCCCCAACCCUCUACAAUAUGAAAUCCACCUUCCUCCUUUAGGACAUUCUCUGCGUUCUCUCUCAGGCUCCUUGUUGCUGCUGUCCCAAAAGGUUAGUAUAUGAGGCUUUUUGGUGCAAAGGAGAUGGGUCAGGACCAGACGAAGCAGCAGAUAGAGAAAGGACUCCAGCUCUACCAGUCUAACCAGACAGAAAAGGCCCUGAAAGUCUGGAUGAGGGUAUUGGAAAAGACCACGGAUCCUGCUGGCAGGUUUCGGGUUUUGGGCUGCCUCAUCACCGCUCACUCGGAGAUGGGCAGGUACAAGGAUAUGCUAAAGUUUGCAGUUGUGCAGAUUGACACAGCUCGGGAGCUAGAGGACCCUGACUACCUUAUGGAGAGCUACCUGAACCUGGCUCGGAGCAAUGAGAAACUCUGUGAAUUCCAGAAAACCAUCUCUUACUGUAAGACAUGCCUGAACAUGCAGGGCACCACUGUGAGCCUGCAACUGAAUGGCCAGGUGAGCCUCAGUAUGGGUAAUGCCUUCCUGGGCCUCAGCAUCUUUCAGAAGGCACUGGAGUGUUUCGAGAAAGCCCUGCGCUAUGCACACAACAAUGACGACAAGAUGCUGGAAUGUCGCGUCUGCUGCAGCUUGGGGAGUUUCUACACACAGAUCAAGGACUAUGAGAAAGCCCUGUUCUUCCCAUGUAAAGCAGCUGAAUUGGUGAAUGAUUAUGGAAAGGGCUGGAGUUUGAAGUACCGAGCAAUGAGCCAGUACCACAUGGCAGUGGCCUAUCGGAAGCUGGGGCACCUGGCAGAUGCUAUGGAAUGCUGUGAGGAGUCAAUGAAGAUUGCUCUGCAGCAUGGGGACCGGCCACUGCAGGCACUGUGCCUACUCUGCUUUGCUGAUAUCCACCGCAGCCGAGCAGACAUACAGACAGCCUUUCCUCGCUAUGAUUCCUCCAUGAGCAUCAUGACAGAGAUUGGAAACCGCCUGGGACAGAUCCAGGUACUGCUGGGAGUGGCCAAGUGUUGGGUGAUCCAGAAGGAGCUAGACAAGGCACUGGAAGGCAUUGAGAAGGCCCAAGAGCUGGCAGAGGGACUGGGGAACAAGCUUGGUCUGCUGAAGCUUCACUGCCUGUGUGAAGGGAUCUAUCGCACAAAAGGACAGCAACGGGAACUUCGUGACCAUGUGGUGAAGUUCCACGAGUGUGUAGAGGAGAUGGAGCUGUACUGCGGCAUGUGUGGAGAGUCCAUUGGGGAAAAGAACAACCAGCUCCAGGCGCUGCCUUGCUCCCAUUUCUUCCAUUUAAAAUGCCUCCAGACCAAUGGGACCCGUGGCUGCCCCAACUGCCGCCGUUCAUCAAUGAAACCAGGAUUCGUGUGACCUGCUGAAUCAGUCAUUUUGAGAGAGCUCAUAUUCCGACUUGAAACAGAGGCCAGAAGACAGAACCUUGGAAUGUCAUCCAGUGUACAUAGCCUGAAAGGAGGACCCUUAUUUGCAGGUGGAGAGGUCUCCUGCACAGGAUGCAACAAGUGCACCUUGAUCUUUUACUCUAACCUGACAUUUUACCUGUGUUCAGAAGCAGCAGUCAUCCUGGAGUCUCUCUAGAACCACCUCUCUAGAGCCAGUUUCACACUCUUAUCAUGCCUGUUCUAGGACUUGCCUGACACUUUCUCCAGUGCCAGUUCACACUCCAUUUUGCUCCUAUUCAGUCAGCUGUCUUUACUUGCCUUUCUUUGGUGCUUUUUUUUGCCCCUGUGAGAAGUGAUGCUGGGUAGAUGUAGUACAGCAACGUUGUCUGUGUUGGAGUAGCAGCCUCUUCUCAGCAUGCCCUGCUGUAAAUGCUGCCAGUAUACUCCAUAGGCUCCCUUUCUUCAGAAACAGGAUUUAGACCCUAUUCCUGCCUUAUACUAGAUCUCUCCUAGCAAUUCACUAUCACGUGUAAAAAUGGAUUUAAUUCAGUAAUCUGUAUUAAUGAGAAAACAAACCCAAGGUAUGACUAUGAUAGUGUCCUGUGCCAUCAUGUCUUCCUCCUCUCCCACUAGGCCUUAGUGCCUUACUCUUUUCAGCGUGUCCUCAGCUGUCUGCUGGGGCCUCUGUCCCCCUCUCUGUGCUAAUGCAAUACCCACCCGGUACGCCUGCAAGACUCUGUGUGUGUGACCCCCGGAGCUCUGUGCAAACGGUGGCUCCCUGCACAGGACUGUUCAGCGUGGAACUGCUGCAAGCAGCACGUGGCCCGCCCGGCGGUGUCACCCGACAGGCGCUGGGGGCCAGCCAGGCAGAGCAGGUUUCGUGUGUUCUCAGCCCAGGGCCGCGCACGCGCUAUAUUUACACCCACCAGUCUGUAUUUGCAAAUAAAGUCUUUGCACCC